AUGUCGAUUGCUCCUAGAUUUGCCCAUUCCCACGUUCUGUCUCCGGUUUCCAGCUCCUCCAACUCGAUCAAGAGCGCUGUCCAGCUGUUUCUGGACUACAAUUGCCCUUUUUCCAAAAAGCUGUUCAACAAGAUAAAUACCGAGGUUAUUCCAUUGCUCGAGAAAAAGCACAUUGCCGACAAGUUCGACUUUGUUUUCUUCAACGUGAUCCAGCCAUGGCACUAUGUUGGUUCUGGUGCCUACCACGAGGUCGCUUUGGCCGUUGCCAAGCUGUACCCAGAUCAAUUCUGGAAGUUCUCGGAGAUUCUGUUUGACAACCGGAUUGACGACUCCGUCACUUUCAACAAGACCCAAAAGGAGGUUGUUGGACUGGCAAUUGACCUUGCUGUCAAGUCUCUGGAAGGAGUCGACUCCAAGAAGCUCUGGGAGCUGCUGACCCCGGCCCCUGAUAAGGGUAACGGUCUGCAGAAGGACAACAAGUACUUCACCAGAUACCAGCGGACUGUGGGUGUUCACACCACUCCAACGGUUCUCGUUGACGGUAUCACGUUCGGAAACAUCGAGAGUUCCACCCCUGCGGAGGAGAUUGUCAAAAUCCUGGAAGAACUCUUGGACUAG